AUGAAAAGAACGUCACCAGCUACGCAAGGAACUGAAAAAUCUCAGAAACAACCUGCGAUGGAAAACGACAAGAUUCGCUCGCUUUUCAAUGGAAAAAUAUGGGACUCUGGGUUUCAGGAAGACCUCAAACACGAAAUUGCAACUUCGCAGCCUUACAACUGGGGAACUAUCCGAGAUUUGGUCGACGAUGAGCUGUUGCGCAACGUGAGAAAGGAAAUCGAAACCGAAAUUCAUUUUACAAAUAAGGAAACCGACAUAUACAAAGUGAACCAGAGCGGAGAUCUGGCCAACCUAUCGGGGCUCGACUGGAACGACCUGUCUAGAUUGCCCAGCCUGUGUCGCUUGCGUGAAAUCCUGUACUCUGAAGUGUACCGUGAUGUCAUUUCGCACGUCUCCGGUGCUGGCCCUCUCUCAGGCUCAAAGAUGGACAUGUCGAUCAACACUUACACCAAGGGCUGCCACUUGCUGACGCACGACGAUGUGAUUGGGUCCAGAAGAGUCAGUUUUAUUUUAUACCUGCCCGAGCCAGGAAAACGGUGGAAAGACCACUAUGGCGGUGGGUUGCGACUUUUCCCCAGCAUCGUGGCCAACGUCCCACACAGCGACCACAGCGCCAAACUCGUACCGCAAUUCAACCAAAUUGCCUUCUUCAAAGUCCAACCGGGUUUCUCAUUCCAUGACGUUGAAGAAGUUCACGUCAACAAACACCGUCUCUCCAUCCAAGGCUGGUACCACAUCCCACAAGAGGGCGAAAAAGGCUUCAUUCCGGGUGAGGAGGCCGAGUGGGUGAAAACGAAUACCAGUACCCUUGCGCAACUGGAGUCUAACGUUCUACAAGAUUACGAGUUUCCCAAAAGUGAAAGAAGCAUUUUACCAUAUCAUCAAAUUAGGCAUUAUGAUGAGCUUCUGAAGGCUCAACCAGAGUCGGAAGAAGACGCAGAGGCUGAAGACAAAGAUUCGAAAAUGGAUCUGAGCCUUUUGUCGCAGGCGGAUAUGGAGUAUUUGGCCAACUUUAUCUCUGCACACCAUUUAACAGAAGAAGGUAUUCAGAAGCUACAAUCUCAAUUCGUCUCCAAGUCGCAGUUACAAAUCGAAGACUUUUUGAAUGACGACAGAUCAGAAGCUUUGAAAAAACUCAUCAAAAGGGAUGAGCUUGAAAAAGAGUGUCCUUACGAGAGCGUCAAUGUGGAAGCUCCAUGGAAAACCGCAAUGCCACCUCACAAGUGGAGAUAUCUGUACAUUGAUGGAAAGUCGCACGAAAACUUCCAAACAGAGCAGGAUGUUUUGGAGUCUUUGAACAACGAAGAAAAUCCUAACUAUAAACUUCUCUCCAAGACUUUGGACCCAGUAAACUGUAACACGGAGGCAAAGUUAAUUGAUGUUGCCAUUUUCCUUGAAAGCACGGCGUUCAAAAAGUUUCUGGCUCUCAUUACUCUGCUUUCUCCGCUAAGCGAACAAGUUCUGAUCAGAAGAUUUAGACCAGGGAAGGACUUCACACUCGCAACACAGAUCAACAAGAGCCAACUUCUUGACUAUGUGAAAGGCUUUGUUGAAGCUGUCUUGGAGGGUACUCUGUGCUUAACGCCCUCCGAUGGCUGGGAGUCUGGGGAACUGGGAGGUUACGAACUGUACAUGGAUAAUCAAGACGACGAUGAAGAAGAAAAUAAAGAUAUCAAGGAUGCGGCUGUCUACCAGAGCGAUGACACUGGUGAUUCUGUGCUCAUAAACAAGCCACCCAGCUGGAAUUCCUUCAACUUGGUUUUGAGAGACGAGAGCGUUUUGCAAUUCAUAAAAUAUAUUAGCUGGGCAGCCAAGUCUAGCAGAUGGGAUAUAACUGCCCAAUGGGACGUCAAAACCACUGACGAAGAUGAAGAUGAAGCUGAGAAUGAUAAUGAAUAA